ACAACCCCAACAUAUACUUCAACAAGAACAAUAUGAAUAUAGGUAUGUAAAGAAAGGUCUUAGAAUGUGCUUUCUUGCGCUUCUAUCAACAAGAAAAGAUAUCACAUGGGUAUCGUGAUGAGAUACUGACCCUUGCUCAAUGCAAACGCCACGCUUCCAAGGCUGGGGGAUAACAUUGUGAUGGCUGCCUGAUUGUCUUGGACCUUCUGUUACUACAAAAUGUUCAGCGAAGUACACGCUGAGCCUGAUACCUCGCCUCCAGUACCCUUCAUGCGAUAAACGCUUAUCACUAUGGCAACACUUACAUCCUCACCGCGAGACUCUCCAAACGAAAGAUCGCCCCUCGUCUCUCCCACCAGGCCACCUGCCUCUUUGCGGUUACUUCCUGGGAAGAGACCUUGGAUAUGGUUGGCCGUCUCCAUCUUCCUCGUUAUCAGCAUUAUUGACGUAGGUAAAUUUCUCGGCGAGAUACCUAGAACACGUCUCUAUGAAGCCAACAUCUGCCUCAACUACUACCGCGAGAAUGAUCCAUCUAAGAUUGAUUCGGACGGAAACGUGCCGGAGACGUUAUGCAAAUUGGAUGUGGUGCAGCAGAAGUUGACCAUCAUCGUUGGCUGGCAAAACAAGUUCGAUACGAUACUGGGGAUACUGCUGGCUGUGCCGUUUGGGGCACUGGCUGACCGGGUGGGUAGGAAGAGGAUACUCACGGCAAGCUUGGUGGGCUUGCAGCUAAAGGCCGCUUGGGUUCUGAUCAUAUGCUACUUCACGCGUCUCCCACUACAACUCACGUGGCUCUCUUCCGUCUUCUACCUCAUCGGUGGCGGUCCCAUCACUGCGAUGGCCCUUGCCAUCACAAUGCUCUCGGAUAUUGUGCCGCCUGAGAAACGGACCAUUAUGUUCCUCUACCAGACGGCAUCGGUUUUGGUCGCUGAGACGAUAGCAGCGAUGCUAGCAUUACAACUUGUCGUGACAGGCAGUUGGCUGCCUCUCCUGAUAUCGUUAGCGAUACAGCAGGUUGGCGUCCUCGUCACAGUCAUUUCCCCAGAAACCCUGCGUUACCGCGACCUGUCAGAGCCCGAAGAUCGCGACGACCAAGCCAUCGAACCGCAGAUCCAGGGGCAUGGAUUAAAACUUGAAGACCAGAUCCAGAACUUCCACAGCACCGUCCGUUUCUUCAAAAGCGACCGGACCCUUGCUAUGGUCAUUUUCACGUUUAUGAUCAACAGCCUGGGAGGGCAAGGCAUGAAUCUCAUCGUGAUCUACGCCUUGAUGCGCUACAGAUUGAGUAUGAUGGACAUAUCGUAUCUCCUAUCGUUCCGUACUGAUACCUAUUUUGUCGCUGUUGCCGCCUUAAUCCCGAUUGUCUAUCUAUCUUUGCUCAAGUAUCUCCGUCUCUCCGUACACAGUGCGGAUGUCUGGAUAGCACGAGUCUCUAUUGUGCUGACUACUAUUUCCUUUUUGAUCAUGGGCAUCGCUACACAUUUGGCUAUGCUUAUUCUGGGCAUGCUGAUCUUCAAUCUGGGCACUGGGUAUACUUCUGCUAUGCGUUCCAUUGCUAUCCACAUUGCUGGUGGGCAAGCAAGUACUGAUAUCGGAAAAUUAAUGUGCACGAUUGCUGUCGUGGAGAGCGUUGGGGCGAUGAUUGCGGUGCCGCUGCUGAACCAGCUGCUGCAAUGGGGCGGGGAUUUGGACGGUGUGUGGUUGGGAUUACCAUUUUUCGUCGCCAUGCUCGCGUUUGCUGGUGUCACGGUUUUGACAUUUGCAAUUGCGGCGAAGGAUAAGGGUGCGGUCUACGUUGAGGUGCGGAACGAAGAUGAGGAUGAUGAAGAUGAAGAGAGCAGAAGCUCGGCGAUGGACGAAUGCAUACGAAGGGGCUCGUGUUACCUGAAGGCACGGUCUGCGUCGAACCUGGCUGAGCCUCUUGACCUGGACGCGGCUCGCAAAGAUGCUCUGGCUGCUGCUACCGCCGCCUUCGCUCGAGCCCAGGCUCAGGACGCGCUUGAACGAAACAACAAGCGCAGCUCUGACAUGUCGAGGUCCAAGAGCAACGCCAGCCGCAAGUCACUCACUUCUCAGGGCAGCCACUUUCCCCAACGAGAGUCUAGUUUUCGAUCUCUGAAUGUCCAGAAGACAGGGCAACCGCCCACUACCCAACGUCAUUCCCGAGCACCUACAAUGACUACAGAGCAAUUUCCGCCCUUCUAUCCCAUGCCAGAAAUGCCCAUAUCGGCCCCUAGGCCAUUAUCAGCACAGCCAUCGAUUUCUUUUAACGAGAAUGGACGACCAAGUUCUCAACCGAAGCCUCAUCGCCUGAGCGCUUCAUCGUCAGUCACUUCGCAACAGAUACGGAAGGCUCGCUCCAUGUAUUAUGCGAGCAGCAUCCAGACGGGAUCACCCAUUUCUCGACCGCCCGCUAAGUAUCUUACGACACCGCCCUCUAUCGACGUCAGCCCUUCUGUCAACAUCUCGUCAGUCCUUCCCCCCAAUCGAACAAUGCGGCCGUCUCCACUCGCAGGUCUUCGUCCACCCACUGCUAUUGCACCUGAUGAGACAGUGGACCAGGCGCGAGACAAGGUUUUACAAGGCUUUCAACAACGUUCGAUCAAACACAAGCCGUCGAUAUUUCUGGCGCCCUUCAAAAAGCGUCAAGAAAAGACGAAAGAAAAGGGCAAACACCCUACCUCCGGCAUGAUUUCUGUCUCUGCAGUCAGUCAUCAAGUGUACGAGGAGUCAACUGCCGAUAUAACCACCGAUGACUUCGAGCCGCAGCCGGAGCCAAAAGAAAGGCGCUCGUUUUCUGGGUCCUUGAAGAGUAGAUUCAAGAAGGUGUUUCGACGCACGUCAAACAAGACUACUAUCCUUCCUCCACAGCAGGUAGAGGCUAAUCGCAACCACCUUGGCAUUACCCAUGUUAGCCCGUCCAACCUGCACUUGAGUCUCGAGGUUCCAAGUCCAGAUGAGGAAACACUGCUACGAGCGAGAUCACGAACGCCGUCGCUCGAAGUCAUUCACGAAUCCAAGGACAGCAUUGGAAGUGAGGGCGAGCGUGUUGCGACUGCGUCACUGAAGAGAAAGUCGCUGCCAUUUCCAUCACUGACCGCCUUUCGUGAUCCUAUGGCUUUGGAGAGCUUGACUGAGGAGGCUUCUACGCCGUCUAUCAACCCUAAGCGUGUGUUUUCUGCGCUGAUGAAGGAGAUCAAUUCGUCAAAGUCAACACAGGCUCAAGCCAAUUUCGCAGAACGAACCCCAGGAGCAGAUAGCGACAUCUUCGAGUCAAGCAAAACGAAAGAGUUACAUUGCACUGGUAGAGAGAUCCACUCUAGUGCUAGUAGAGACUUCAGACCGAGUGUGAGCAGUGAGCAGAGACCACCAUCGCGGCGACCAGCCAGCGCAGCAGCGCAAAGCGUCCAGAGCAAGGCUAGUUCUAUCAAGUCACUUGGACGGGCGAUCAGGUCUACGAUACGCACUGUGACGCCGACGCAGCAUCGUGCUACGCCAUGUCCGGAUCACAAUGCUAGUGUGCGAGAUGAGGAUGAGAGCCCUGACUCAACAGCUACAUUCGAGUCUGGCAGCCAUGACAAUCAGGACAUGACACUUGGAUCUGUUGAUGAUCCUGAGGGGUUAGUAUCCUUCCGCGGAGCUACGCCGGACUAUCGUACUCACGUCGCCACGCCUUCAGCCGAACAGAUUGAGAGGCGCGUAGAAAGGGCCAAAAGUCGGUGGAAGACACCACUUGACGAGACUGAGGAGCCCGACCUUCCACGCGAGACGAAUCGAAAUUAUACAGUGACCAACUUCACGCAGCGGGAAAAGGUGUACAGCACGGAUCACGUCCAUGACCAUGAGUUGUUCAAGUUCCCAACGUCGCCCGCGCCACACCCAGUGAUGUCACCUUUGUCUCCCAGUGUGUAUUCACGAAACACGGAUGGUGUUAGCAUACUGCCAAAUGACAGCGUCAUGUCUUUCCAGGGAACUGAUGGACUCCAACGCCAACAUGACGGAGGUUCAGCUGUUAUCCUAACGAGUCAAUCAGUGCGAAGUUACGUGAUUGGCACGCCCUCUCCUCGUCGCCGAAGUUCGACAAGAUCCAGCCGUGAUUGGAAGGCUUGGCUUUCACAUGAAGUCUCAGGAAUGGAAACGACCAGUCAAGAAGAGCUGAGGAUUCGUGAGUCUCGACGAUCCAGCAGUAAUAGUACCAAGCUCUCGCGUAAUUCAAAACCAUCUCCUGAUAGCGUUAUACCAUCGCCAAACUCGACGAAAGCAACGCCCAGUCCCAAGGUCUACUCAGAUCUCUUUGUUCCGUCCACGCAUCCCACGACGCAACGGGCGACAAACACGACGACUGGAAGGAGUGAUGGUCAUCCUAAAAGCAAGGAGAAUGUCACGCCAUCUUCCGUCCAUGGAGGCAAGAGACCCAACACCUCUCCGUUAGGUUUGAACUUGCGCCCCAAGUCUUUGCAGCCUCUUUCCUUUAAUUCGCUGAGACCGAACACGCCGAACGGUGGUCAAUACACCACCAAUCUAGCUGAGAGCGAAAACCUCGAUUAUAACCCCGACUUCCCGGCUACAUCACCUGCUCGUCCUCGUGUACGUGCUACACUGCGCCCCAUAUCUCCUGAAAAGCUCGCCCGUCGCCCCAAGAGUGCUUUCGACCUUCGCGGCGCACAUACGCUCUUGCCGCGUCCAACCUCUGAGCUUCGACGGCCAGCACUCCAUCUCAAGAUCUCGUCGGGUACGUUAAGAUCAAUUGAGGAACCAAGCCAUGAAGCCGAAGGUCAAGCAACUGGAGGUGUUCUCGAUGAACGUGAGACAACACCUGGACAACGCAUGGCGGACAAGUUUCUGAGGGAGAGGAAAAGUAUUACUGCAAUCGAGGGGAGCGGGAGCGGGAAGAAGGGCAUGAGAGGGAACUUGCUACUGGUCAGGGAGGAUACCCCAGCGUUUCUUUGACAGGGCCAUGUGUUUGUGAGUGUCGCUAGACUAGUGAGUAUGUGGUGCUGGGUAUACAUACGAGGGGAGCUCAGUGCUGGAUACUUUGAUGACUUGUUUCCUUUAGUAGUUUUCGCGAUGGUUGGAUAGUAUGGGUCGCUUUGGAAUUUCCUUUGGUACGAGGUUAGUUAUGGGGUUUCCUUUCUUCUGGUCCGCUAGCUAGGUUUCAUUGCGCAGCAUAUGGCCGGCAUCACAUCGUAGUAUCUGAGUAUCAAUUUCAC